AUGGAAUGCAGCGGGAGGAUUUAUAAUGCAACUGGAGAAAGUGAGGAUGUCAGGAUCUCUGUUCCAAUAAAUGGAACGAGCAUAGCUUCAUCAGAGAUGGUUAGCUCAAUUGCAAUCCUACAACGACAGAUUAACAGACUCUUGACAGACAAAAUUGAACCCAAUGCGCCAGUGGUUGGUAAUUCUGAUAAGGAGUGUGUUCCUGUUCUAGAUUUUGAUGAAGAACAAAGUACCGAAUUUGGUGAAUAA